AGCGUCUGGCGACGAUCACGCCGCAGGUUAUUGACGAAUCCGUGACCUGUAGUCAUCUCUGAUCCCGGUUGUCGGCCAAUCGAUGGAGUCAGACGCCCAGGUGAAAUGUCUGGCGGGCGACGACUCAUCCGACCGCUUCCGCUUCCUCUCCUUCGCUGAGCGCAUCGCCCGCAUCGACGUCAACGUCAUCCACAGAUCGGAGGGAGAGGCCAUCUAUCGUCCUCCAGUGGCCGACACACAACAGCAAGAUGGCGAGGGCGAGAGCGGCCUCACGAUGGACGCCGCCAUGCGGUCGACCCACUUCAGCGCGGCGCUGCAGCACUUCCGCUCAAUCAACCGGUCGCUUGACUUUUCGGAGGUGGCCGUGGCGCUGUGGCCCUACGCGCAGUCGAUGCCUUUGGUGGUAUUCCACCUGGGCAAGAUCGUCGAUGUGCUGCUCGAGGGGGUGCGGACGAGCGCCAUUGCGGCGCUGGAGCCAAUCAUGAGUCUGCUGGGCAUACUCGUCAGGGUAAACAAGAUGCAGCUCUACGUGUCAGCCAUGCCAGCCAGGCAUGGCAGACACCCAUCCAUCUCUCUCUCCCUCUCUCUCUGUGUGUGUGUGUGUGUGUUGUGUGUCAGGAUGUGCGUGCGGAUUUUGAGGCGUACGUGCCGGUUGUGCUGUCGGGUGUGGUGGAGAGGGUCGAGAGGCAGCCCCGCGAGCCGGCCGUCAUCGAACCCGCAUUCACCUGCCUCGCCUACGUCUUCAGGUACACACACACACAUACACAUACACACAAGGCAUCCGUGCGCACCGUGUACCCUUGUUUCCGUGGCCCACUCAGGUUUCUGUCCAAAUCCAUCUUGGCUGACCUCUGUGGCUAUCUGUCGUCCUACGGCCGCCUCCUGCGGCAGCCCUACCCAUUUGUCCGCUACUUCGCCGCAGAGAGCCUCGCCUUCGUCUUUCGCAAGCUGACGCCGCCUAAAUGGCCGAAAGCGCUGAGGGCGCUGCUGGAGACACUCGACAAUGGCCACAGGUGGACCGCAAAGCACAAAGGCUGGCCGACAACACGGGUAUCUUCCACUUAAUGGUUGUGUGUGUGGGUCUCGGUUUGUCUGUGUGUGUGUGUGUGUCAGCCUGUCAGCUGCGGAGCUGUCCUACCAGGCUGACGCCAUCAGCGUGAUCCUGUUCGAGUCGCUCAAGGGCAUCCAGCACACAUUCACCUCCAAGCUGCCGGCUGUCAUCGACGCACUCCUGCGCAUGCUGGAGACCCACUAUGCUACCAAUGGCGGGCAGGUCGGGGAUGAGAGCCAUGGCGGGCAGAGGUGGCUUGAGAUGGCUGUGAGGGGCGCGCUGGUCCGCAUGAGGCUGCACACGGAGACUGUCGAUGGUGAGGGCUCGGCGGAGAUACUCGCGGUGGUUCGGAAGACGAUCCAGCGGCUGCAGGUGAGAGGCAAGGAACGCAGGCAUACCAUACAUCUGUGUGCUGUGGCUCGCUUACGCGUCUCUCUCUCGUCUCAUUUCUCAGAGUGAGCUGCAGGCCGACAACAAGGCCGCCACGAUGUGCAAUGGGAAUGGGCCGGAGCAUGAUCACCAUGAGAUGGGUGGUGAGUCGUUUGAGGCCCUCCUGAUGAACCAAGAAGAUGAUGAGGCCAUGCACGACGACCAACAAGACAACAAGCAAGACACCAGCCCGCUGGGCCGCGCCUCCCUGCUCACCUUCCUCAUCGAGUGCACCGUCGGCUGGGUGUGGUGGAAACCACGGCUCAAGGGGACCUUUGACGCAUACGUCAGCGACACCCUCCCCCUGCUCUUCACGAGCGCGUCCAUCGCCCCCUCGCUCCCAACGCCAUGCGACCAACACGUCUGGUACGCGGCCCACAAGGCGGCCUGCUGCCUGUGGAUGGCCCUGCCGACCAGUGUGGCGCAGUACCAGCACGUACCGCAGCGAGAGAUCCUGUGCCAGCUGCUGGCCAUCUUCCGGGAUGCUGUCAAGACGCCACGGCACCGACAGCUGAUGGAUUGCGGUCCUCUGGCGGUGGACAGGCUGAUCACGCCAUCGCCCGUCGACUCUUUCCCCGUGACUGGCCUGCCGCACGCCAUCCCCUUGUUGCUGCUGCACGCGCCGUCAGCAUGCUCGUCGCUGCUGCUGUCGUCUCUGGUGGCCGCAUACGGACAGAAUGCCCUCGUGCACCUGUCUGCUGCGGCGUGGAGAGACCUCUCUCUUUCUGUCAUCGGUCUGCUUGGCGGGGGAGAGGUAGAGGGAAAUGACGAUCGGGAGAGGUGGGCGUGUCUGCGGCUGGUGAGGGAGGUGACGAUGGGGGCGGUCAGGCAGCAGGGACAGGCCGAGUACCUGCUGGCUGCCCACACAGACGACGGUGACUGUGCACUCGCGCAGUUCGCAAGGUGAGAGGAGCAAGGGCACAUUUCGUCAACCCACGUCAGGAUACGGCAUAUGUGCAUGUGGACAUGAUGCAUGCAGACACGUGGCGGGCAUCUACCAGUCCUCCGCUACCAGUGACGCCCCCCCAUCCACCCUACACCUGCUCCUGACAGCGGUGCCCUCCCUCCUGGCCCACCUGCUCACCCUGCCGUCGAUCCACCCAUCGGUGGCUGACGCAUUGAGGGCCGUGAAGGUUCAUGACUUGCCAGACGAGCUGAAGGCGUAUGUGGGUGACGAUAAGAGAGGCGCAGUGGAGUGGUGGACGGCCGUCGUCGUGGCAACGUGGCUGAGGCGACAAGACGAGCCAAUGUUGCUGCAGCUGAUGGUCGAGUGCUUCCAAAUGGUAAAUUAAAGGAAAAGAUGCCGACACGGUCAGGUGGCAGCCAGCAGAAUGGCGUGUUCCUUAUUUCCCAUUCAGGUGCAGCAGCAUCGACCCCACUCCCCGCUCCUCGCCGACCCGGCUGUGCUGUCCCUCAUCGCCGCGCCCAUCAUCCGACAGACCAAAAGCCCCAGCAGCCACGUCCGGCUGCUGUCCCUGCAGCUGCUCAAGUGCCUUCCAUCCGCAGUACUUGUCUGGCAAGUCGACGUGAUGGUGACGACAGCACCGGACGAGGGGCCGCCCAGUGUGGAGCGGGAUCCGAUGGGCUGUGUGGAUGUGCGCGUGAGGCACGGCGGUGGCGGUGAGGCAAAUGAGACAACGGUGGCUGUUGCGGAGGCGAUUCUGGGUGAGCUGUGAGUGCGAGAAGGAUGGCAUGGGCAGAGAUACUCACUGGAUGGGACAUUGAAUGGGGAUUGCGUGCGUGACAGGGCAUUUGGUAUCUCUCGAGAGCACGCCCAACACUAUCGGCCACGAGCGCACCAAGACCUCCCUCAUCACCAAGACAGCAGACGCCCUCCUGAGGCUGCCCCCCUCCCCCUCCCCCUCCCCAGCCGCCCCAUCCACGACCACUCUCAUACACACAGCCGCCUUCCACGCCAUCCUCUCGCAGUACACCGUCAAGUUCACCACACUCUUCCCCCCAACACUUGAGGCGCUCCGGGCCAUCCAUCCGAUGAUCCACAAAGACUACUUCUGGCGCGCUGUGGCUUCAGAAAUCCUCAGGGCCACCAAUCACAUGCACAUGGGGGAGGGUGAGACGGCCGACAGAGUGUUUGUGUCGGGGAGGAAAAAACGCGCCAUCACCGCGCAGAGUGCGCGGAUGAUGGCCGCGGGCAGGAUGGCUGCUGGCGGUGCUGGCGGGGGUGGGGCUGGAGGGAAGGAUGAAGCUGAUGGGGGGCAGGUGGCGAGCAGCAGCUGGAGGGACGUCACUGGCGCGCCUGACUUUGAGGCCAAUGGCGUGGAGGGAGUGGUGGAACGAAUGUGGAGGUGCGUACACAGACACAACAAAGAUGAAGGAGAUGAGGACACACAACACACAAGCAAAAUCCUGUGUGUGUGUUUUCCCCUUUGCAGUUCUGAGCUGGAUCGGUUUGCCUUCAGCGAGACCGCCCCCUCCCUCCGACACAGAUGGCUGUGGAAGACAAUCGAGACACUCGCACCCCGCCUGGCAUCAUCCAACACCCCCCAAGCCGACGCAGUCGUGCAGUGGGCUGUCCAGUGGGCCGUCCAUCUCUCCGCCCUCCUCACAGAAACCGAUCCGGACGACACAGCCGUGGCUGCUGGUGGUCUGUCGUCGCGUGUGGGGCUGAAGGGCCGCGUGUGUGAGUGUCUGAAGGCCGUGUGUGCGAUGGGCAAGCCGGCUGUGGGAGGGGGGAGUGAGUCGGCUGAGCGGCUGGUGGGUCUGUGUGCCCAUCGGCUGGUGGGUGUGAGGGACGCUGAGAUGCAGAAGCUGGCACUGCAGCUGCUGAAGGGCUCCCAGCGACUUGGGGCAGUGGUUGGGAAGUACUACACCUCGCUGACCCAGCUAAGCGACGACAAGGCAUUCAGGGACGCUCUGCUGAAGGUGUCGCUCGAGCAGCAACAACAACACCAACACACAGACGACGGCGACCGAGACGAGGGCGAGAGCGAUGAUGGAAAGGUGCGUGUGUUGGCUGCGGACCGGCCGGCGGUGAUCCCGAUCAUGAUUCGCAUCUUGUUGGCCAAGCUGCCUAAGAGAGGGUACGUGGGAACAGCCAUCCAAGAAUGAGUGUGUCGACACGUGGUGUAUGGUAUGGGGCGUGUGUUGUCUGUGUUUCAGUGGUGGCGGCCAGCCGUCCUUAGCAGCCCGCCGUGCGUCGGUCUUCAGUUUCUUCUCCCACCUGCCCACAGAGGAGAUAGCUUCCCUGCUGACGGUCCUGAUGCUGCCUAUCUUCACCAUCAAAACAUCAGCGCAGCACAAGUAAGUACCUACCUACAGAGAGACAGACAGCUCGAUGUGUCUGUGGUGUGGUGUGCUCGUACGUGUCAGUUCCGAAAGCGACACCGAAUUCACGAAGGAGCGUCUGCUGCACUCGUUCUUCACUCAGCUGGCCUCGGCUGACCCCUCCUCUCCCACCAGUGCUCUCGCGCCCUUCCCCCUCCCGCCCUCGUUCCCCCUAACACCCACACAGCACCGCGCGGAGCUGCUCGUCGACGGCCAGCACCGGUUGAAGCCCACCGCGCGCAUCCUGGGCUUCCUGCACACCCUCAGCGAUGUCAUCGGCCAGCUGGAGAUGCGGCUCGUCCCGUAUGUGGAGUUCCUCAUGCAUCUGCUCGUGGCCAUUCUUCGCUCAUACGUCCAUCAAGAUCAGCAGCAAGGGGGUGACGGUGAGGGUGAGGGAGACGCCAUGGCCGACGACGGAGAGCGUGAAGAGACCCGCGAUGAGGAUGAUGCAGAGCAUCGAGUGGGAAGGAGGUCGUCAGCGGUGCGUCAGGUGGUGCGGCAGUGUCUGUGUCGGAUGCACGAGCUGGUGCGGCGGCUGCCGGGGCACUCGGCGUGGCCUAGAUGUCUGAAGGAGGGCCAGGGGGCCUUCAGGGCACUGCUCAAGGCCGUGGUCCCUGCUGCAGGUCAGUGGUCUCAGAGACCACCAGUGAGUGCCACAUAUAGCCCCCACUCACCUCACCCAUCCCCUUCUUCUCUGUGCUGUGUGCAUCCAUCAGGUUCGUUGAAGUCCUCUGCGAUUGUGGACUUGGUGUGCAGCUGGUCGCACCAGGAGCCCCUGUUCUGUCUGUACGAGGCCGUGCUGCCGGACGCCCUGCCGCUGCUCUUUAGCACCCUGGCGGCGGGCAGCGUGGAGGCGAGAAUGCGGAAGGACAAAAUCACGCCGCAAGUGGUGGACCAAAUUAUCAAGGUACUUAAGGAAAGGUUUAGGUGUGAAUGUGGCCGUGGGUGUCUGUAGCCAGCUACGUGACAUAAAUCCUCCGUGUGCGUGUGAUUAUGUGUGUGUGUGUAUGUGUGUGUGUGCGUGUGCCUGCAGGUGGCCCUUCGGCUGUGCAAGGGUGGUGUGCUGGACUCGCGCAAGGCCAGGAGGGAGGCGCACCGCAUGGUCGAGGCAAAGCGGAACAAACGACGCAGGAAGAAAUGGAAAGUAAGCGAGCGACAGAGACAGAGAGACCUCACCACCACCACCCACACCGUCUUUCAUCCCUCAGGAGGGCGGCGAUUCUUCAUCUGAAGAAGAUGAGCAGGAUGAAGGUGAGGCCGUCUUGGAGAUCCAGGAGGCAGACGACGCCCCAGCCCCCAUGGCGGUCGAAGAAACCGAAACCGACCAGGGGCGGAUGACAGAGGUGGCGGCGCUGCGUGCGGCCAUUGCGGCGGGCAGGAGGGUCCUCGCGCCUCAUGUGGACGCACUCCUGCAGCCCAUGCAGGUGAGUGAGACAGAUGACCACCCUGUCUGUCCACACAUAAAUUUGCACAUCAAUCACAUCACACACCACCCAUACGUGUGUGUGUUUGUGUGUCAGGUGUUGAUAUCGAAUCGGCGCAAGUAUGGGUGCUCGGCCUCGUCAGUCCGCAGGACAGCCGCCGGGGGGGGCAGUGCUAGCAGCAGUGGCAGUGUGGUGUCCGUCGGGGAGCUGGAGCUCAUGUCGCUCGUCGCCAACGACUGCUCUGUACGCCACGCCAGCCACACACACCAGCCCCCCACCACCCCCUCUCCCUCUCUCCCUCUCUGUGUGUGAUUGUGUGGUCAGUCCCCAGUGACGGCUCUGCACCUGCUGCCCCUCCUCCAGUCGUCCCUCCCCCCUCCCACAUCCACACAGGCGUCACAGAGGUUUGCCUCUCGUGCGGUGGCUGCGGCGGCCCAGCGGAUGAUGCUCGUCCUGCAGUCGAUGCGGCACCUCAUGGUGGGGCCGCUGGUGGUGGCUGGUGGAGGUGUGGAGGGGGUGGAUGGUGGCAGGGAGGUGCUGAGGGGGGUGCAGACACACAUGAAGAGAUACUUGCAGGUGAGUGAGAACCGAGCGGAUCCAUCCAUCCAUCCAUCCACCCACUUGUAUGUGGUGUGUGGUGUGGUGUGUGGUGUGCUGGUUGUUCGUGCAGACGGUGCAAGAUCUGCCGUGCCGGGCGUCUCUCGCCCAGCUGUGGCUGACCACAGACAUCCUCCUCGCCACACACGCCCCGACCACCGCCUCACCGACCAACCACCUGGUCAGCUACGUCAGUGCCACAGACGCACAGGCACACGCCAGGCUGUGGAACGACCCCGCCGCCGUCACACGAGAGCUAUUCGGCGUGGGUCAAGGUGGUGGUGGUGGUGGUGUGUGGGAGAUCUGUGCUGCCCAUCUGCUGGUGGCCCUCAAUGCCUUGCGGCGUGGGCAGCUGACUUCGGAGCCUGACUUCGACUUGCACGUGCAGCUGCUGGGAGAGUUCUGUGACAAACACGUCAUGCCCACCACCACCACCACAGCAGCAGCGGCAGCAGCAGCGGCUGACGGCCCACAGCCGAUGCCUCCCCGUGUGUGGGAGUGCGUUGUGCGUCAUGUGCUGUUCCUUAUCAGUGGGGCAGAGGUGGAUAUUGGCGUCAGACAGGUAGUACCCUCCGAAGCCCGCCACACACCCUUCUCUCUCUCUCUCUCUCUGUAUGUGUCCUCUUUGUGCAUCUAUGUAUCUGUCAGAUGUGUGUGCGGGUUUUGCACCGGCUGGCCGACAGAAUCGCCGCCUUUGCGUCCGCUCUCCGCCAGGCCAUGGGCACCGACACACACGGCCACCAGGAUCUCCACGCCGCUCUCACGUCUCCCGGCACCGAUCUGCUCACCGAGGCCGUCCAGUGCUCCUCUGUGUGUGAGCACGUCUUUGGGGUGGUGCUGCCCACCAUGAGGCGGCUGUUCCGACACUCUGACGAGGGCGUUCAGCGGUCGGCCUUCCAGGUGCUGUCACACUACAUCCGGACGAUCGGGCCACAUCUCGCGACGCUGCCCCUGCCUUUGCCGUCAUCAUCAAAGCACGCACUCAUCGACAGAGGUGGUGAGGAAAGAGAGAGAGAGAGAUAGAGCUCUAGCCCCCCGUGUGUGGACCAUGUGUGCUGAUGGACCGAUGUUUUGUAGGUGUGGAGAGAGCCUCCGCAGGAGAUGGUGAGCUUGUGAGUCACAUGUAUGGGGACGCGGAGUUGUACAGCAGGAGGGUGGAGGGGCGAAGGGCGGCGCUGCACACCAACCUCAUGGCCGUCAUCAAGACCAGCAGCAGCACAGGCGAAGAAGGCGGCGAUCUGUUUGGCGAGCUGCUGCACCUGCAGCGUCACAGGAGGGCGAGAGCCCUCAUACUCCUAACCAAGUAGGCACAUACAUUUCCAUUUCAUGACACCCUCCCCAUCCAUCCGUCGCACACACCGCAUGCACCGGGCCGCACCGGUGCGUUCGCUGUACGGUACGUGUGUGUCAUCUAUCUAUCCAUCAGGGCGGCCAAGUCAGGGCAGCUGCAGCGGUCCACCCUCACCCACUUCUGCCUACCGCUCUGCAUGCACGCCAUCCUUCAGGCAGGGCACGCACCCCCUCCACACACACACCCACACCCAUACACAUACACACACACAUUCUUCUCCCCAUCUGACUGACACACACGUUGUUCAGAGGUCAGCCCGGAAGGAGACCUACGAUUCUUCCCUGUGUGAGGUGGGCCUCACCUGUCUGUCCGAGCUGGCGGCGCGAGUGUCGUGGACAACGGCACUGUCGACUGUGCGGACGCUGGCCAACGCACUGAAGAAGACGUCAGAACGGGAGAAACCCAUCGUCAGGGCCAUCUGCAAGUACGUGGCGGCACAGAGAGGGAUACCUUUGGCUGGCCAUGGUUGGGUGGAUGUCAUGUGGUGUGGUGUGUUGUGGUGUGUGGUCAGGGUGCUGGGGAGUUUCGACUACCACCUGCCUGACGCACUGGCGACCUUCAAGGGCAGCAAGGACGCGCAGCACGGCAGCAGGGUCAGUCAGCCAUUGCAUACGCGACGGACAGUGGACGGGGUGUGGUGUGCUGUGUGGGGUGCAGGUGUUGGAUGCUGUUCGGAGAGAGGCCGCCACCACCAGCAGCAGCAGCAGCGGCCAGGAGGGCCAGCAGCCUGACACCGACGAGCAGCAAGAGGCGGAGGACCAGGACCAACAAGAACAAGAACAAGAGCAGGAGCAGCACCAAGAAGACACAGAAGGUGCCGCAGCCACACAAACCGACGAAGCGCAGACAAAGUGAGUACAUCCGCACGGCCCACACCCACAUGACCAGAUCCACACCUCUGCUGCCUUUCCUGCACAACAAACACCCACAGGCAGGAGGCCAUCCAGUCGGCGAUCCGGAAGCGCAUCUUGCCCCUCCUGCGGUCGCUGCUGCUGGAGAAGAGCAGGGCCGCACAAACUCCCGUCCACCACUAUGCCCCCAAACACCGUCGCGACGACAAGGCCGACACGGGGGCAGGUGGUGGUGGGGUGGUCCGUGUGGCCGUGGCGGGCAUCAUGCUCCAGGUCAGUCAGUCGGAUCAGUCAGCUCUCUCGUGUGUGUGUGUCGUCGUGUCUGUCAAGGAUGAAUGUGCUGCCUGCCUGCCUGUGUGUUGGCUGGUGUCUGGUGUCAGGUGUCGCGCUACUUGCCUGUCGAUGAGUUCCAUGGAGAGCUGCCGCGGCUGACUAGGAUGCUCUGCACAUGCCUCAGGUAGUAGGUGCACACACGUACCGACCAACACACACGAAAGUCUUGUGUGGUGUGGUGUGCAGGUCGCGUGACGUUGCCGAGCGCCGCACCGCACGGGCUGCAAUCUGCCAGGUACGUACGUGGGUACGUGGGUAAGAACAAACCUGGGCGAGGGGGCCAAUCUACCUUAGGCUUCCCGAUGUGUGUGGUGUGUGGUGACAUACAUAGGUUGCCCAUGCACUGGGCCCCUCGUACUUCGCCUGGCUGGUGUCGGAGCUCUCGGGACAGCUGACCAGAGGCUAUCAGGUGCUACCUACCCUACGUGUGGGCCUUGCCAGGCUGAACACCACACCACAGCCAUCAAUCACUGUUUUUGUCGCUGGUGAUCAGGUGCCCGUGUUGGUCUUCACAGUGCACGCCGCACUCCGGGCUGUGGUCGAGGGCAAACCCGAUCACAAGGAGCAAGAGCAGGAGACGGACGGCACACGCACGUCAGCAGCAGCAGCAGCAGCAGCAGAGAGUGAGGGUGAGUUCACUGGGUCACUCGACGACGCACUGCAGUGGAUUCUGCCACUCGUCACACAGGUGAGGGAGGGAGGGAGGGAGGGAGGGAGGGACCUGCGCUAUCUACGCGGCUGCGCCCAUGUGUGUGACAUCCCUGUCUGUCUGUGUGCAGGAGCUGGACCGUCUGGUCGACCCCGACCGCCCGGAUGUCGACGCCAUGGCUGAGGGGGCAUUCAGCAAAGUAAUUAAGCAGGGGCACUGCCCGCAAAGCCACGUGCAGCAUGACUGUCAAGCACUCGUGUGUGUAGGUGGUAGAGGCCAAGCACCUGAGGGGGCCGGAGAUGCUGGAGAUGCUCGCCAAGACCCUCACUAAAGACAAAUGCGAAAACGAACUCAUCGGGUGCAUUUGCAAUGCAACGCCUGAUCAUGCCACCCACCCACCCCAUGGAGCAAUCAAUCCACACACAUACGUAUCUCUCUGUGCUGUGGUGGGUGGUCUGUCAUCUGUCAGUUUCCUGUGCGGUUUGUUGAGCGGCACGGCGUACGAGAGGGAGGGCGGCGAGGUCAGCCGCACGUUCUCACACAAGUACCUCCACAGAUGCCGAGAGCUGCUCCAGAGGGUAGGUACCCAUGCUCACCUGCACACACCACACCACACACCCCUAUGUGUCUGUUGGUGUCAAUCGCAGUCGAUCCAAGGCCUCUCGGCGAACCCCUCCUUCCCUCCCGCCUCCCUCCUGCUGCUCUCCCGCCACCUCAUCGCCCUCUCCCUCUCGCUCACACACCCAUCCCACCCCACACACCCGGACGACCUACCUUUCAUACGCAAGGCCACAAACAACAAUACCACCAGCGCCCCUGACACCACCACCAGCACCCAGCAGCAACAAGAAGACGACUGGCAGGAGGGCGAAGCGCAGAGGCGCGUGAGGGCCAUGCGCGACGAAUAUGUCUCUCUGCAGCCAGGUGCGGCGAGGGGCCGGGGGCCGCUGGACGGCGUCAAGCGAGGAAGGGGGUUUGACAAGAAGGUCCGGGGGGCGGUGCUGGGGCAGGCGGGGCUGCGCCUGCUGCUCCUCGCCAUGAAGCGCUUCCAGGCCUCCAACACGGCCAUGGAAGGGAUGGAGAGUCUGGUGCCUUACGUGAUGGAGUGUUUCUGCAGCAAGGAGAACGACGUCUACGGCGAGGCCGCCAGGGUGCUCUGGCGAAUGCAGCUGGUCGGCAGGAGGAAUGAGGCUCUGAGGGAGGCCAUGCAGAACAACGCCAGACGAGUGGCAAACACCAUACUCAGGUACCCCUCCCCCCACCCACACACAGACAGAGCGGUCCCUUUCCAUCUCUCUCUCUCCCUGUGUGUGUGUGUCACCUGCACACAGGUUGUUUGAGACGAUGAGCGGCGCGGGCCAGUCGUCGUCGGCCGGUGACAUCAUCCCGACCACCACUCGGCUACUGGCCUCCCUCCUGGCCGACCCGCAGUCCAGCAAGUGGUUCGACCCACUCAUCACACAACACCAACAGCAACAGCAACAACAACAACGGGCUAAUGGCGAGGGGGCCAAGGGCCGGAAACGGGCCCCGCAGGAGAGCGAGGGCGAGCGCGUCAUGGAGGGGCGCGCGCUGCUUUCCGCUCUGCUCUCUCAGGUCACAUACAUGGCGCCAUUUGGCUUACACAAGCACCUGUGGAUGCCUGUGUGUGUGCAGAUCCAGGUGUCCUUGAGCGACGCCCGGCUGCAGUCGUCUGCCUUGCAGCUGUUCCGUCGGGUGUUGCUGCUCAAGCACAAAGACGAGACGCUCAAGUCGUUCGGCCUGGCCAGUCAGGUGUACCAGUGCGUCGACAGGGUCGCCGAGCUGCUCGUGCAGACACACGACAAGAGCGUGGCGGCGGUGUGCUCCAAGAUCUACGUGGAGUUCGUGCUGACCUUCCCCAUGUCCAACAAGGUGCAGUCGUUCCGCGUCAGCCACCUGAUCAAGAGCCUGAGCUACCCGCAGCCACAGGGGCGGCAGAAUGUCCUCAACGCAUUACACGCACUCCUGGUCAUCCAGCCAGCCAGAUGCACACCAGACAACACAAGGCUAUACAGCACCACCCGUCACCAUGCUGUUAUCGUGUUCGUGUGUUCGCACAGGUGGACAUCCCUACUGAUGUGUUGGUGUCCCGCUAUUCUGGCCUGAUUGGUGUGUCGGUGGCCGCGAGGCUGGCGCAGGAGGAUGACAGCACAGCACGGUGGGCACCCACCAAUUACAGGCAUCCCAGACGGAGAUGUGUUCAUGUGUGUGUCUGUUUGUGUGUGCACACCACAGGCAGAUGCUCCACGCCGCGCUCAAGACACUUCUGCAGGCCGUCAAGGACGAGGGAGCGCGAAACGACCUCAUCCAGCUGCUCCUAAAGUAGGACAGGCAGCAGCAAAGAGAGCAAGGGAAGGCAGCAGUUGUGUGAGAACACGUGGAUGGAUGUAUCUGUCUCUGUGUAUCGCUCUGCUCAGGUGGUCCACGGGCAAGUAUGCGCUGCGUCUGGCGUUCGUGGAGUCAGCGGGCAUCCUCAUCGACUACUACGGCGAGCGCUUCUCCGCCCUCCUCCCCUCCAUCCUCCCAGCCGUCUGGACGGCACUCGCACUCUCACACACACCCUCACCCGCCCUAUCGGCCUCGGCUGACAGCGGGCUGCCGUCCGUCCCUCUGGAGGACUGGCGGAUCGUCUACUGCGCUCUCAAGGCAAUGGAGGGAUUGCUGUCUGCCGUCUCUCUAGGGGAGCUGGAGCGGCACCUCUCCCCCUCUCUCCUGCACCCACACUGUCGGUCGCUGCUGUGGCCGGGGAGCCAUGGUGCAGAUGGCGACACGCGGCAGCAGCUGCCGUCCGUGUCGGCCAUUAUGAGUGGGUCGGCGCGUGUGGGUGUCGCGCAGGCCCUUGCUGGCCUGUGGUGCUGCGCCAUGACCAGUGGCCUCGGCCACCCGCACCCGUGGAUCGCCGCACUCGCCCUCCGGAUACUGGCCACCUACUACGGCAAGAAGAGCCCUGCGGCACUCAUCAAGCAGCAGCAGCAGCAGCAGGGGUCCAGGAAAGGCAAGAAGGCGGCUUCAUCGCCCGCACCUCCUCUGCUUUAUGUCGCCCUUCCGGAUGAUGGUGACUAUCCCCCUCCCUCUGUCCUGCUGCACCGAUUGGUGUCGCUGAUGGCGUCUGCGCGAGUAGAAGACCAGCCACAGCUGUGUGACGCGCUGCUGGCCGCCCUCACUGGUGCGUGUGGGCUUGCUCUCAGCUGCCCCGACAUGAUGGGCAAGGAGGGAGGCGCUGCUGAUGACGAGCAGCAGCAGCAAGAGGAGGAGGAGGAGGCGAUCGCAGAAGAUGCUCCUCCAGAGGGCGAAGGCAUGAUGGACAUGGAUGCCGCGGCCGACAGGGAGAGGAAGAGGUCUUUUGAUCAGCUGAAUGGACAUGCGGAGGAUGAAGGAGAACACGGAGAGGCUGUCAAGCGGCCACGGACAGCAGACAACAAGGGACCAGACGAGGGCGACGCGGCCAAAGAGGACCGCGAGCCCGACGCCGCCGUCAUUCCCCCCGAGUUGGUCACGGGCUCCCUCCUCCACCAGAUACACUUGUCCCCACACGAGAGCAGACGGCAACCUCCACCCUUACCCCGCUCCAGCGACCAGCCAGCACCACCGCCAUCCCCAUCCCCAUCCCCCUCCCCCCUCUCCCCAGCCCAUCAGCUGCAGCGCUCCCAGGUGUUGUGGUGCGUCCGUCGGCUGUCCGGCCGCACCAGCAGAUACCUCGGGGCCACACCCACCCACCCCGUCCGCACCGCCCUGCUCAUCCAGUUCUACCGCCAGCUGCCGACCAUUCUCCGACCCGACCUUCUGGUGCAGCACGGCUUGCUUGACGCGUGUGUGCGGAGUCUGCACCAGAUAGCGUCCAGCGCGGUGAGGGCGCGGGACAGACUGGAGGAGGAUAUUGGGCAUCUGCUGACGCGGGUGACUGACCAGGACAGAGGCAUGGUGUGGGGCGGGGUGAGGGAGCUGUCGGCUGGGCAGCAGGUGGCCGUGCUGGCGCACAUGGCUGGCCAGGCGCUGGAGAGGCUGGAGCGACACAUGACCGGUGGAGGCCUCUCGGCUGAGUACACACAGGCCCUCACUGCCGCCAGACAGGUGCGCAUCUGUCUGCAUGUCUGCAUAAGAGGCUGGUUGCACAUUGGAUGGAUGGAUGGAUGGACCUGUCUGUGCGUGUGGGUACAUGCAGGCUGUUGGUUCCCGGCGCCGAGCACGUCGUGUGCAGGAGAAGCAGAGGGCGGUCGUCGCGCCACAGCUGGCCGCACAGAAGAGAGUCCUCAAACAGAUCAAAAAGAAGAUGAAGAGACGGAAGGGCCAGCAGAAUACCAGAUGACAGCAAGUGUGGGUCGGUCGAUGAGUGGUUUCGGUGUGUCCGUUGUCCAUGUGUGCUGUGUCCUGUGAGUGUUGAC